AUGCCUCCUCGUAGAGAACCAGAUCACCAGGAACUCCCACAGGCCACAGUGGUCGCCCUGUUUCGCGACUACCAUCCAGAAAAGUUUUCCGGCCAAGGAGAUGUUGGGUUCGCCUGUACCGUACGGGCUAUACGCAGCGGAAUUUAAAAUUUUUCAAAACAAGUAUUUAACACUUAAAUACUUAGCCCGUAUAUACAUAUGGCGAAUUAACAAAUCGUCAUCUUUAAAAACAUGUAAUAAUACAAAUUUUGAUUUGUUACAAGUAAUAUCAGAAAUUACAAAAUACGUCCAAUCCGAUUGGAACGUCGGGUAUCCUACUCUAACAGGAGAUCCUCGUAUAGUAGAUGAAUGGGUUCAGGGCCUCGAGAUUAUUUUUGAGGUCAUGAACUACCCUGAUCGUUACCGCGGGUUAUGUGCCCAGAUCCAGCUGACCGGUGAUGCCCGACUCUGGUGGCAUGCCUAUUGGAGUAUGCGUCCCGGUGAAAAAGACGGUUGUACGUGGGACCAGUUCAAGGAGCUGAUCCGAGAGAAGUAUUAUCCCUCGUAUUACCGAGCAGACAUGGAGCGCCAAUUCUUGGCACUCACCCAGGGUACUCGUUCUGUCGACGAGUACGAAAGAGAGUUUACCCGUCUCGGAGCCUUU